ACCGUCGUCGAGUCUGAUCCACAUUUCAGCUUCACUGCUUUCACAUGCUUAGUACUUUCGUAUUUGCUUUCCACCCGAAGCUGCGGAGUCCUGCCUGGCACAUCAUAUUCAAGCAUGAAGACGUCGUUUGUUACUCUUCUAGCAGCGUCGACAGGAUGUGUCGUGCUGUCUCCUAGUGCUCAAGCCAUGCCGAUAUUCGUGUCACGGAUCCCGAAUGGUGAAAACGUUCCUGGCGUCAAAGCACUCGGACACGAAGACACAAUUGGCGAAGACACGACUCGGAACGUCUUCGGUAUCGCCUUUGAAGAAGUCAGCAUGGAGUGGACUAAGGAAUUGUGCGAAGCAGACUCGGACGAGGACGGACAGACGAAUGGUCAGGAGUUGGGAGAUCCAUGUUGCAUCUGGAAAGAGGGCGACACCGCGCUGUGGACGGUAGGGGUCUCACACCCGGGAGAUGACUCCAAAACGUCGGACGAUUCACACUGGGCGUCACUCGACUGUGAACUCGUGAGAGCAGAUGCAGAGGCUAAGGCAGAAGCAGAGGCAGAAGCUGAAGCAAGCAAGAACAGCCCAGACGGAGGUGAAGACAGCGAAGUGGACAUUUCCAUGGGUGACUCCGACACGUCUGCCUCCACGAGGACAAGUAUUUCCACUACUUCCUUGCUGCUCGCUGCUACAUGUAUCAUUCCCGCCACGCUGCUGAUGCUGUGGUAGCUUAUAGAGAGAUGCAACCAUCGUUUACGCUUGUUAAUACAAAUAUGAAGCAGACAAAAUGUAACUUGUCUCCUUUCUGGUUUAACCCGCAGAA